AUGAGCCUGCACUCGGUCUCCAAGAUCGUCCCGCAUCCCGACUACAGCUGUGGGCUGACCACCAGUGACAUCACUGCGGUCACCAUGCACUCAAGGCCCCCGACACUGCCCGUAUCUGACAUGGGGCGCCCCGCCGGGCCCUGGAGCAGGCGGAAGCAGACGGGGUGCCAAGCGGCUGCCCGAGAGGAGGCCAUGGACGUCCGGCUCGGGGCGCUGCUGCUGACGCAGCUGUUGGUGGGAGUCGAACUCGGGAAGCGGGGGUUGCAGGAUCAGGACUUGCUGUUUCCAGGGCCCUGUGGCCAACGGAAGGUCCUGACACGCGUGAUAGGUGGAAAGGACUCGAAGCUCGGGCGCUGGCCGUGGCAGGGCAGCCUGCGCCUAUGGGGCUACCACCAGUGCGGAGCUACCCUGCUCAACCGCCGCUGGGUGCUCUCGGCCGCGCACUGCUUCCAAACGAACAACGAUCCCUAUGAGUGGACAGUCCAGUUUGGCGAGCUGUCUGCCGCGCCGUCUCUCUGGAACCUGCAGGCCUACCAGAACCGUUACCAAGUGCAGGAGAUCGUUUUGAGUCCUUUAUAUCUGGGGACCUCAGCCUACGACAUCGCCCUGUUGAAGCUGUCCUCCUCUGUCACCUACAAUAAGCACAUCCAGCCCAUCUGUGUCCAGGCCUCCUCCUCCGAGUUCCAGAACCGGACUGACUGCUGGGUGACCGGCUGGGGGGACAUCACAGAAGAACACAUGCUGCCAGCUCCCUACAUCCUCCAGGAGGUGCAGGUCGACAUCAUAAACACCACCAUGUGCAACUACCUCUACGAGCAGCCUGCUUUCCGCCUUGACAUCUGGGGAGAUAUGGUCUGUGCUGGUGAUCCCGAAGGCGGCAAGGAUGCCUGCUUCGGUGACUCAGGUGGACCCUUGGCCUGUGAGGAGAAUGGCAUGUGGAUUCAGGUUGGAAUCGUGAGCUGGGGAGUGGGCUGUGGGAGACCCAACAGGCCCGGUGUCUACACCAACGUCAGCACACACUUCAACUGGAUCCAGAAGCUCAUGGCCCGCAGUGGCAUUCACAGGCCAGGCCCCUCCCCACCGCUGCUGCUCCUCGCUCUGCUCUGGGCUCCCCUGUCCGUAUAG